AUUUCCAGGUGCCUUUCUGGUUCCAUACCUGCUCAUGCUGGUGGUACUGGGAAUUCCUCUUCUCCACAUGGAGCUGAUCAUGGGCCAGUUCACAAGGAGAGGGCCUGUCCAUGCUCUGGCUUAUGCCUGUCCACUGCUAAAAGGAGUGGGCAUGGCAACAGUUGCGAUCUCCUUCAUAAUGUGCACCUAUUACAAUGUUGUCAUCACCUGGGCACUCUAUUAUCUCUUUAGCUCCUUCCAGGACCCACUGCCAUGGCAAAACUGCAACAACACUUGGAACACACCCAACUGUACCAGCCAUGCAACCAACAGCAGUUACACAUCUACCGCAAGCCAGGAGUUCUUCAAGUAAGGACAGAUGCAAUGGCGUGAAUAACGUUGUUUAGAGCUGGGUUAAAGUCCAUCUGGACACUUGGCAGCUUUCUCAGCACAAACUGCUGAUUUGUUUCUUACUCCAGUGGAAAUAACGCAAGUGAAAAAAAGUAUUUUGUCAACUGAAAUUGUAGAAUUGAAACCACAACUUAAUCGCACAAGUGCACCGUCAAGCAAGGGUUAUCAGGUAAAGUGGAGGAGUGUGAUAAGACAUUAUCAAAAGAAAGACCCUGCUGUGUCAUUAUGACCUACAGUAUUUCACUUUAUCGACAUUGCCGAGAAGCUGAAACUAAAGGUCAGUUCAUUAAGUAGUGAUACAACAAUCAGCCUUUUGACUCAUGUUUCUCACGUAAACUGUUAACAUUCACGUUUACAGUUUAUUACCCUAGUGUGAAAACGACUACGCGUGCGCUCAGAUUGUUGUCGCA